UCUUAUCACUCACAAAUGCUGAGUAAACUCGGGGAAAGAAAGGUUGGUUUCCCCACGGAGCGCCAGAGCAACAAGCUUUAUGAGCUUUUAGAUGACAGAAAACUCGCAAAAACUUUGCAUCCACCCACUUGUAGAAAGUUUGCAGGACGUAUGCUUGUUAGGACAUUCUUCGGGGGAUUGUAAAGAGGGGUUUGCUUAGAUAAGCCCGUUCAUGCUUUUUCACGUGAAAGCGCCUUUAUAAGGCCUUAUUUUGUUGGAGACAUUUGGGCGGCAACGCUGCAAGAAAAGGACUUGUCUUUUGUGCAAAGUGUAAUUUGUCCGCUUCGUCAUGGCAGCGUAUACGUUACCGGAGGGAUUCACGGAAUUUGACAUGUUUGCAUUCGGAUCAGCACUUCUUGUUGGGGGGGUGCUGGGAUUCUUCCUCAAUGGUGUCAGCAUCCUGUCUUUCCUCAGGGUGAGGGAGAUGCGCAAUCCCAGCAGCUUCCUGGUGUUCAACCUUGCUGUGGCCGACCUCAGUUUGAAUAUUAGUGGCCUCACAGCUGCUUAUGCAAGCUAUCUCAGGUACUGGCCAUUUGGUCAAGAUGGCUGUACCUAUCAUGCUUUCCAUGGGAUGACAUCGAUACUGGCAUCCAUCAGUUUCAUAGCUGCAGUCGCUUGGGACAGAUAUCACCAGUAUUGCACCAGACAGAAGCUUUUCUGGACCACAUCUAUCACAAUCAGCAGCAUCAUCUGGAUACUCGCCAUCUUCUGGUCUGCUGUUCCUCUCAUGGGAUGGGGCGUCUAUGACUUUGAGCCAAUGAGGACAUGCUGCACACUGGACUACACCAGAGGGGACAGGGACUACAUCACCUACAUGCUAAGUCUGGUGGUGCUCUACCUGCUGUUCCCAGCUUAUACAAUGUUCUCAUGUUACGAUUCAAUCUACAAACAUUUCAAGAAGAUCCAUCAUCACAGGUUUAACACCAGUUUGCCUUUGAGGGUACUGCUGAUGUGCUGGGGCCCCUACGUCAUCAUGUGUCUCUAUGCCUGCUUUGACAACGUGAAGCUCGUCUCUCCAAAGCUAAGAAUGAUGCUUCCAGUUAUUGCAAAGACAAAUCCUAUAUUCAACGCUCUCCUCUACUCGUUUGGAAAUGAGUUCUACCGAGGAGGAGUUUGGCAUUUCCUCACAGGACAGAAGAUUGUUGAACCAGAUAUUAAGAAGUCAAAGUAAAAGAAAACCCAGCAUGUUCUGGCAAAAACCCAACAAUAAUCUGCUUUAUUGAUAGGUUCCUCAUACUAGCAUAGUAGGAUGUUGUGAAGUAAACGUUACCAAGGCAUUUAGAUGUUUUGUGUCAUUUUCAUAUUAUUUGGACAGUAGAUGAAACUCAGGACAGUCUGUCCGCUUGGAGCCACUGUACCUCGUGUUGGAUUUAGUUCAAUCUAUGAAAAACAUGCUGCAGGUAAUUUUACCAUUUAAAAUUUUCAUGCGUUCUUUUUUUUUUUUUUCAGCAGCUCGCCUUUAACCUGCAUUGCUCCUCCGUACGUGUGAACAAUAAACACAGAUGUUGCUCCUC